AUGCUGACAUGGCAUGAUAUGGUUGGUGGGUAUUUAUGCCUUCUUCCACCACCAGCAAAGCAAAAGAAAUUAUUCUUGUUGGCUCACAGAACGCAGAGGAGAGAGAUGGCGACUUCCAAGCUGCAAGCUCUUUGGAAUCACCCGGCCGGACCCAAAACCAUUCACUUCUGGGCACCAACGUUUAAAUGGGGCAUCAGCAUUGCUAAUAUUGCCGACUUCGCCAAACCACCUGAAAAACUCUCAUAUCCUCAGCAAAUAGCGGUUACAGCCACUGGACUUAUAUGGUCACGCUACAGCACUGUAAUUACACCAAAAAACUGGAAUCUAUUUAGUGUAAACGUUGCAAUGGCUGCAACAGGCCUCUAUCAAUUGUCGCGCAAAGUACAGCACGAUUACUUUUCUGAGGCAGAAGCUGCUGCAGUGAAAGAAUGAUGACGAAAACAUACUUUGUUUCCAUUUAUGCCCUGCAGUGUUGAAGCCAUUUUUCCUUCAUGCUUUGCAGUUCUUUCAGCAUUUCAAUCUGUUGCUGUGUGCUUCCUUAAAGGCCUUGGGUACUCUUUUUCUUUUUCUUUUUUUCUGUUAAACUUUUUCCUCCAGAAAGAAGACUUUGGAUACUUCAGUAUUCUAUGAUGUAGAAAUUAUAGGUUGAAGUACACUGUUAUGCUGGUGAGGCCAUUAUAAACCAGAAAGAUUAACGCAUGACCAAUAAUAUAUUGUUCAGAUGCCCCUGAUUUUCUGCUA